ACUAACUUUGAUAGCAAUAAUUAAGAGGGAUUCAACCCCUGAAGGAGAAGCACAGUGUGCUCCCUCCAUGGAGUCCUUGUUUUGAACUAUUGAUCAAACAGAUUUGAAGGGAUUUGUUGAAGCCUGUGUGGGGUAAGAAGGAAGGAAAUGGAGGCGGGGGGAGGGAGAGGGGAGGAGGGCACACAUCUAUAAAGGGUUUCAGAGGGAGCCUGCUGGUCGGACUUCGCUCGUCCUAUUCACACACCUGCCUGAGACAAGGACUGGCUUCUCUUUCAGCAAAAACGAUCACAGGCCACUCGCUGAGUUUUCCAUUUUGGCAAAAAACUCCCUUGUGGGUUGAGUGCAGCCCAGCUUCGCGGAGGACUCUGGGAGCACUCGAAGGUCGAGGAUGGUGGCAGUGGUCCUGCUGGGGCUCGGCUGGCUGUGCGCUCCCCUGGGGGCUCUGGUUCUGGAUUUCAACAACAUCAAAAGCUCUGCGGACGCACAGGGGGCUCGGAAGGGUUCACAGUGCUUGUCUGACAAGGACUGCAGUACCAGGAAGUUCUGUCUCAGACCCCAAGAUGAGAAGCCAUUCUGUGUUACCUGUUGUGGACUGCGGAGGCGGUGCCAGCGGGAUGCCAUGUGUUGCCCGGGGUCGCUCUGUGUGAAUGAUGUUUGUACUGCAAUGGAAGAUGCCACCCUGAUACUGGAAAGGCAAACUGAUGACCAAGAUGACUUGGAUACAAAAGGAACAACUGAGCAUCCCACGUGGGAAAACAAACCCAAGAGGAAGCCAAAUAUUAAAAACUCACAAGACAGUAAGGGACAGGAGGGAGGAAGCUGCCUCAGAACUUCCGACUGCGGACCUGGGCUUUGCUGUGCUCGUCACUUUUGGACUAAAAUCUGCAAGCCAGUCCUGCUGGAGGGACAGGUCUGCUCCAGGAGAGGGCACAAAGAGCCUGCCCAAGCUCCAGAAAUCUUCCAGCGUUGUGACUGUGGUCCUGGACUGUCCUGUCGAAGUCCAGGGGCUGGCACCCGCCAGAGCGCACGGCUAAGAGUGUGCCAGAAAAUCUAAAGAGCGGCUCGUCUUCAGCCAGGAGUCCCAGACGUUAACUUAAAACUUGUCCACACGAGUAUCUCUCAAAACCAAAUCUUGGAGCAACUAAAACAGACUGAGCUGGAGAACUGAGGACGCUGCCUUGUGAUGAAUGGAAACUAGCUUUGGCUCAUUGUCUAUUUGAGCAGAAAAGUGCUGUGAUUCUGUAACGAAUUUAAUUGUGAUCCAGCAAUUCAGUUCAAAUAAAUCUUUAAGUAAUUUCUGGUGACAUUCUGGUGCCUGACAGUACUUGGGGGGGGUGAUAGUAUCUUGUUGUUAACCUCACCAGUGAAAAUUAUCCCAGCAAAUACUUUAUUUUUCCUUAAAACCCUCUAUUGUUUAUAUUCUUU